AUGGACAAUGCGCUGUGGUGGGACGUGGAGCUGCUGGUGGCUCAGGAGGGAGGAUUCUACGAUACUUGGAAACGUUCUCCAGUCAAUGCAGUCAAAGGGAAGGGGUGGAGAAUUCCUCACACCCUGUUCCUGUCCCUGGGAGAGCUGAGGGCAGUGUUUGCUGGGAAAGAGUACAACCGAAGGCUGGAAAACAUCAGGCUCCACGGGAGCGCGGGAGAGGAGCCUCACAUCCUGCUGGAGUGCGACAGCAACGUCCUGGAGCCCUUCCAGAAACACCUGAAACUGUACAAGAUCCGCAGGAAAGUCGACAUCUCCCCCUGCCCUGACCUCUCCCUGUGGGCUGUCAUCCCUGGGGAACAGGCUGGAGUUGCCUCCAGCUCCCUCCCGAAAUGUGCAGGCCAGGCUGUGCUCUUGACUCCUGACCCCAGGGCAGAAGUCAUGGGCUGGAGACUGAUCACAAAGAAAGGAGCAAAUCUGUCGGAGAUUAUCCCUGGGAUUGAAGUUGGAGACGUUCAGGAUUACCACAGGCACAGGUAUAAGCAAGGAAUUCCUGAAGGUGUGAAGGAUCUCCCUCCUGGAGUCGCCCUCCCUCUGGAGUCCAACCUGGCCUACAUGAACGGCAUCAGCUUCACCAAGGGCUGUUACAUCGGGCAGGAGCUGACGGCCAGGACACACCACAUGGGCGUCAUCCGCAAGCGCCUGCUCCCCGUCUCCUUCUCAGCUCCUCUUCCCAAAGACGGCGUUCCCGAGGGUGCCGAGAUCCUCACCGAGUCGGGAAAGCCGGCCGGGAAGUUCCGGGCGGGAGGAGGUGACCUCGGGAUAGCUCUGCUGAGGUUGGCUCACAUAAACGAGCCGCUCUGCGUCGACCUGGGAGGGGAUAAAGUGAAGCUCAGCGCAAACACGCCCGAGUGGUGGCCGAAAACUGCUGCUAAGUAGGUGAGGAGCCGCCACUUGCCUGCUGGAGGAUCUUAUUCCGUGGGAGAAGUUUGGCCUUUGGCUGGUGUUUGUGGUGUUUGAUGGAGGGGUGUCACAGGAUGCCUCGAAUCGGGACUGAACUCAAACUGGGUCCCCUCAAAUCGGGAACCCAAAGCUGUGAGGUCGGAUCGUCCACUGGGUGUUGUGGAGAGAGAUACACAGGGAAGUGCACUUUUUCCUGAGGGUAAUCCCUGUUUAUUUAGGGGUUGCCACGUGGUGCUGGAUGGAUUUUGAGUCUGACCCUCCAUCAGACUGUGCUCUGUGUAGGAUGUGGGGCGUGUUCCCACCGAAGUGAGCGAUGGGAGCAGGGGAUUCCCUGUUCCACGCACUGAAUGUUUCAGUUCAGAAUAACCAUUUUGUGGGAUUAUGAUGAUUUUUGGUUUGUUUUUUUUUUUUUUGAGUGGAGAUCAUGCUGCUCUUACGUAUUCUCAGGCUAAAAGUUUUUACUGCAAAUUACUCCUUGCAUUGAGCUUCUUAAACUCGCUGAUUGUGUGGGUGUUUCUCCCCACCGCUGGAAUUGUGUUCAGGAAGAGGAAUGCCUUGUACUUCACAUUUCAGACCUUGAUUUUAAGUUGGCAUUUCUUUGCUUCACUUUUUUUCUGGCCCCCAACACUCUUCUGCCUUCCCAAUUUUCCCUGCUCCUGCAGUCUGCAUGUUCCUCUUUGCUUCCAAAGCCAACCGGCUCCGUGCCUCCUAUCCCUGUCAACCUGCAGUGAUUUAUAGGAGCCCUUUCUAUUUUUGUAUUACAAUAAAUCCAUUACACAAGGGCGUGAUGAGAGAGGUGCCCAGGUCCCCUCCCAUUUUGACCAAAAAAACCACCAAAACCCACAACCUCUUGCAUGAAUAUUUUUAACAAAACCCGUCCAAAGCACAUUCUGCUGCUGUUUCAGCGUUACUGUGAAAGGAAUUUGUCUGUGAAAAAUGCUCAUAUUGAUUAAAACUAUGGUUGCUGUAAAGUGAGUCUGUGGAAUAUCUCGUUAAUUAUUGUAUCUAAUUUAAAAGUGAUUUAUGUGAAGGAGAAGAGAGGGUGCCUUUUAUUUGCCUGGGCUGAAGACACACAACAGGACAAAUACUUUUUCAGGACAAAUACUUUUAUUUGCCUGGGCUGAAGACACACAACGGGACAAAUACUUUUUCUUGCUGGCAAGAAAAACGCCUUAGGCUGUUGGUCAGGUUUGGGAUUGUUAACAGGGUCUUUCUGCUGGAAAAAAAUAAAUGAAACUGGAUCCUCUAAGUGCCACAAAGGCAAGGCUGUGCUGCCCGUUGAUGCUGCUUUGCCAGAAGCAGCUUUUCCUCUCUGCCACCCAUUGUGCAAAGUCUCCACAGAAUAGUUUUAUUGUCCUGGUGUGUGCAGAGCCUGAAUAAACACUGAAUAAACUCCUC